AUGCUGCUAUGGUCAAUCAUCAUUUCAUUAGAGCUGGACCAUACGCUAUCUUCUCUUGGUGUUUUGCAAGCUUUAGAGAUAACUUUAAGCAUGGAUGAUUCAGCCAUUAAAGCAGCCUCCACUGAUAUUUUAUCUUAUAUUGUUGAUUUCAAUCCGUCCAUGGUUCGUGAAUAUGCAUUACAGCAAGUGAACAAACAAGAUGAUGAUCAAUUACUGGUGAAUAUUAUUAUUGAACAGAUGAUCUGUGAUCCUGACCCAGAAAUGGGAGGAGCUGUUCAUUUGUCUGGUAUAAUAAAAAUUUUGUUGGAUCCUGAAAACAUGCUGGCAACUGUAAAUAAAUCAGAUUUCCUGAAUUUCUUUUACAAGCACUGUAUGCAUGUAUUAAUUGCUCCAAUGCUUGCAAACACAACAGAAGAUAAACCCAGUAAAGAAGACAGCCAAACUGCUCAGCUUAUGAGUCUCAUUUUAGAAUUAUUAUCAUUUUGUGUCGAGCACCAUACAUACCAUGUGAAAAAUUAUAUUUUACAAAAAGAUUUAUUACGAAGGAUACUAGUUUUAAUGAAGUCAAAGCAUACAUUCCUAAUAUUAUGUGCUCUCAGGUUUAUGCGAAAAAUUAUUGGACUCAAAGAUGAAUUUUACAAUAGAUAUAUAACUGGUGGCAAUUUGUUCCAGCCUGUUGUUGAGGCAUUUAAAAGAAAUAAUGGCAGAUACAAUUUAUUAGACUCAGCUAUUGUUGAAAUGUUUGAAUUUAUUAAAGUGGAGGAUGUUAAGACAUUGUGUGGUCAUGUUGUUGAACGUUAUGGAAAAGUAUUAGAUAAAGUAGAUUAUGUUCAAACAUUCAGAUCUUUAAGGUUACGUUAUGAACAGCAUUUGGAUCGCAAAGAUCGCUCUUCUGUUGAUAAUGUCUCGUUGAUAAUGAGAAAUAGUAGGUAUCGCCGUGACCCUAGGCAGAUUGAUGAAGAUGAAGAAAUGUGGUUUAAUGACGAUGAUGAAAUAGAUGAUGAAGAACCUGUAAAUGAACAUAAAGAUUUAGAUGACGAAUUUGAUCAAAUAGGAAUUGGGAAGAUUCUAGAAAAACGAGCACGAGAGGCAGAAGGCAAAGAAAAUGUCAAGACAGUUCCAUUGCGGUCAUUUUCUCCUGUUUUAAAUAGUCGGAGAACUAACAGUCCAUCAAAUGUUACAACACCCUUAAGUCCAACUGUGGAAGUAAAAUCUCCGCAACUAACACGAAAGGGCGGACUGGUUGAUUAUCCUGAUGAGGAUUCGGAGGAAGAGGAAGACGAAGAAGAGGAUGCCAACAGUGUACCUCCAUCUAAGCGCCCAAGAGUUUCAUCAUAGCAUUAAUUUUUUUUUUUUAAUUUCAUUCACGAGCAUUGUACUAUUUGGUGUUCAGAAAAGUUGUUCCGUUUUUAUCACCUCUGUACUGAUUCACCAAAUACUAAUUCCAGCAAGUUUUGCUGCUGUCGCAUCAUUGUCAACUGCCAUCUUGUGCCUGUCAGUCUACUGACACCUCUCUUUGGCCAACUGAGAAGCGAACGGCUUCAAACAUUGUGUUGUGGUUCCCCAGCUCUGGCAUUUUAUUUCAAACGACUGAAAUGCAAUUUAUUUUCUUUCUUAUGUUUUUGAAGUUGAAAAUUGGGGGGGGGGGGGUAUAGUAAGUUGUUCCUAAUUUUAAUUACCUUGAAAGCUUUUGGUUGAAAUGUUUCAAAUGGGGCGUGAAUGAACCCAAAAAGUUAUCUUUGACAAAAGUUUAAAGCAUGCAAUAUGAAUGUAUUUAUUUUAGAUGUGGUGAGAAGUCUUAUUGUACAAUUUUUUUAGAUUCUGUAUUUAUGUAAGCAAGGAAGAAAUAGUUCUGUUAAGUUUUAUGAGAAGUUAUUUAAUUUCAUGUGUAUAUGACUUGACAGUGCAAUGAUGGAAUAGUUGUGUAAAAAGUAAUUUCAUUACUUAACCAAUACAAGAAUGCAAUAAAAAAAGGAAUAAUGUGUAACUUAAUCCAAUUUGUGUGAAAUACGUAAAAUAAUGCUCUUAAUUUGCCAUCUCAGUUUGAGUGUAAGCAAAAACCUACCUCCUGAAAAGCUGGCUUGUAAAAAAUAUACAAAAGAUUUGACCUGAAAUAUUUUUGUAUACAAUAAAAGAGAGGCCCAUUAUGCUACAACUAACUGACCUUUCUGUUGUUUCAAUAUGUUAAUUUAUCAGUUUUCAUGUAGCUUUAUGAAGUUACUUUUGUGUUCUUUUUUGUUGAAGCUGAUUUUCAGCUGUAAUUUUUCUCAUUGUAUGAGAAUGUACAAAAAAUCAUCAAUAGUCGAAUACAUUUGUAAAUUGAAUGCAGUGUUCAUAGUUGUUACAACUUUAGUGAUUCAUCUGAGAGAGUGAGAGAGAAACAUAUGAUCAUAUGUACAUAGAUUUACGUACGUGUUUUUAUUAUGCAAAUACAGAACAGUCUUAAAACAUCGCUGUUGAGACGGUGAGUGCCAUGCAUAUGAAAAUGCAUGUUGUAAAUGUUUGUUCUUCCAUGUCUUGUGUUGAUAAUUUUAUAAAAUCAAACACGAAAUAUGUUUUAUUAAGAUUAUGAUUUCAUGUUUUUACAAUUCCAGUAUUUGGAAUUCAAAAUAACGACAAUCAUAAUUUCCAAAAAAAAAAAGGCAAUUUUGAUGUAAACUUCUUUUUUCAAAAUUGUUUUCGCUGUAAAUGUUGUAUUUAAAAAUGUUUGAUUUGAAAGAAAAUCAAAAAUAUUUAAUUAUCUAGGGGUAAUUUUGUGUACCCCGAACAGAAAAGCUAGAAAAGUAACAAUUUAAUAUUUUUUCACAAAUUUUUAUUUAUUUAUUAAACAUAUGAUGAAACAAAAACUUGGGGGGGAAAAAUAGUUAUCAUAAAAUAUACCGUGGAAUAUUUUAAAAUUUCAUCAACAUAAUUCCAAAUAGAAGUAUAUUCCAUGAUAGCUUUUAACAUUCAAAAACAUGGUUACAAAAUAACUAAUUGAACAUCAUUGUAAAUUUUUGAUGCAAAAUGUCCUGUAAAUAUGUUUUUCUAUGACCAGAAAUAUUGUAAAUUAUUAUAAAAAUACAAGUCUUAAAAAAUAAACAUGUAUAA